ACUAAGCAAAUCCUGGCAGUUAUUAAACUAUUCUCAGUCGACAGUGCUAAAAAACUUUUAGAGCCUACCUUUCGUUAAUUUUAUUUUUUAUAUUUUGCGUUUACUUUUUAAAGAAUCACUUGAUAAAUGAAUAAAUCAAUUUAAAUGUCUUAUCAACUCUUAUCCUCCAAAGUUAAAUUCACUUUAUUAGCUAUUUAUCUCCUUUUUCUACCUCAUCUUCAAUCGAUUACCUUGAAUAGAUCGCCGGGAGGAACCAUCCAACUAACCGAAAACAAUAAAUAUGCUCUUCCAUCCGGUGCAUUAACUUUUUCGGAUGUAUUCACUGUGACAGCAAGUGUAGGAGCUGUAACAGUCACCCUAUUACCAGCCAGCGUAAAUACGAAGUUUGAAGUCGUAUCAUCUUCCAACACUUAUACUGUUCAACAAAGGAGUAGUGUAACAUUUGACUACGACUCUGGAGAAACUUCUUAUACAAUAACCUACGAGGUUUCGGAUACGGCGCCGUCAACGAGCACAUUUACCGUUACUGCUCAAAUUAACGACUGGAACGAUGAAACUCCAGUGUUGGGUAACCCCACUUAUGUUUCAACUGUAACGGAAAAUCAGGCUCCGGGUAUUGUUCUAACUCUAGACAACGCUAUCGGCCUAACAGACGGCGAUGCUGAAGACACCGGUCAUCUCGUUUAUUCGUUAGCCGGAACCAACGCCGAUAAAUUCGCUAUCAAUCCUACAACCGGUGAAAUUAAGACUGCAGCCACCUUGGACUACGAAUCAUUAAGCGCUGUUGCCUGUAAAUGUUACGAUACAAUCACAAUUUUGGGAAUUGAUAGAAAUUCCCAUACUGCAACGUCAACGUUAACUGUUAGUAUUACCGAUGCUAAUGAUAAUACGCCACGUUUCAGUCAAGCAGCCUAUUACGUUCAAGUAACGGAAGGGUUAACAACAGCCACGUCUUUGGCAACUCUCGCUUGCACUGAUAAUGAUUUAUCGUCUUCAUUUAAUACUAUCACGUAUACAAUCAAAAGUGGUGAUGAUGCUAGUGCAAAAUUCUCACUCGGCUCAUCCAACGGACUUCUACAGACGACAACUACCGCAAUUGACUAUGAGACAAAUCCCCUAUAUACCCUUUUAGUUGAGUGUGCGGAUUCUGGUAGUCUGAAAUCUACGGGUACAGUCAUCGUUGAUAUUGUUCCUGUCAACGAAAAUACACCUGUUUGGCAGACUACUCCAUCCAAUACACCUGUAUCCGAAAAUGAAGCUGUUGGAUUUCUAAUUAUGACCCUAACCGCAAAUGAUGCAGAUACAGGCAAUCUCGGUCAUGGAGAUGUUGUCUACGAAUUGACAACCGCCGUAGACGGUUCGGGAGCGUCGUCCAUCAGCUAUUUUAAUGUUGAUCCCGUAACGGGAAAAAUGCAAUUAAAAAAGGCUCUGGAUUAUGAGACUUCAACCACUCAUACAUUAACAGUAAAAGCCAGGGAUAAUCCUACUACCGGUCGUUUAUCGGUUGAGACAACUAUAACAAUAUCGGUUACUGACUACAAUGAAUUUUCUCCGGUUGUCACUCCAAUUCUUCAGUCCGUUACUGCAACUGAGGAUGCGAGUUCGGGCGCAAUCGCCACCUUGACAGCGUCCGAUAGCGAUGGUACAAAAACUAUCGGCUGCAGCCUACAGUCAACUUUCUCAAAAUUUUCUGCUUCAUUUGCGGCAUCAACCUGUACAAUUUCUCUUGCAUCAGCAAUAGACCCCGACCAAGAUGGAAGUCCAGAUAGUGAGACCUACACACUUAUUGUAUUAGUUACCGACGGUUCGUCAUCCGCUCUAAUAACAACUGCAACGGUAUCCGUCAGCGUUGCUGGUGUAAAUGACAAAAAUCCAACAUUUGCUUCCGCAACAUACACUCAUACAAUGCCAGAAGAUACAACUGUUGGAACGACAAUUAAAUCAAUUUCGGCCACUGAUCAAGAUUUCGACGCCGUUCUUGCCUAUACCAAACAAAGCGGAGACACUGACAACUAUUUCCUUAUCGAAUCAAAGUCGAACCAAGCGAAUGUAAUACUACAAAAGCCUGUUGAUUACGAUUCAAUCAGUCCCAAAACAAUCACAUUAGCCCUUCACGUAACGGAUGGGUCGAAUACAGCUACGGCAGAUUUAACUGUAACAGUUUCGGAUGUACUAGAUUCAAAACCGUCUUGCAAUCCCGCAUCAUAUUCAGUCUCGAUCGACGAGAAAACGACUGGAUCUGUGGUUACUCUGAGUUGCACUGAUGACAAUUCGCUCACUUAUGCUUGGGGUAGUCCGUCCGGAAAUACUGGAAAUGCAUUUGCUUUGAGCGCCAGUACGGGGGCAAUUACAGUUUCAACUUCUUCAGCUAUCGACUAUGAUGCCGGCACAGAACUGUUUCAAUUGACAGUCAGAGUAACGGGUGGCAGUGAUUAUAUAGAUAUACCAGUGACAGUUGCUGUGAAUCCAGUUAACAAUAAUAAUCCGUUGUUAACAGCCAGCAGUGUAAAUGUUGCAGAGUCGGCUAGUAUUGGAGAUUUAGUUACCUCUACUUUUGUGGCGGCUGACGCCGAUAGAGCCCCCCAUAAUGUUGUGCUAUACGAAUUAUUAAGUGGAGCUGGAACACCGGCAAAAUUUGUUAUUAAUCCACAAAAUGGAGAGAUUCGCGUUGCGGAUACUUUAGAUUACGACACCUCACCAACUAGCUAUUCUUUAAGUAUCAAAGCAACAGAUGGAGCUGGAAAUUCGGAUACAAAAAUCUUAACCGUCACUCUUGACGAUGCCAAUGACAAUAUACCUACUUGCGAUAAAAGCAUAUAUAAUGCUGUCGUUAAUGAGAACGUAGGAACAGGCAGCGUUGUGCAGGCCCUUACUUGUACGGAUGCCGAUACGAGCGGCAAUUUUGGAACAAUAAGCUAUACUCUAACUGGAGACAGCGGAAAAUUCUCAUUGGAUACGUCAUCAUCGCCAAUUCAAGUUAAAACAACUGCUAGUGCGACCGACUAUGAAACAGUGUCUUCCUACACUUUAGUUAUAAAUAUGGUAGAUAAUAGUAACGUCAGUCCUAAACAAACUUCAUCUGUUACCGUGUACGUUGCGAUUCUGCCUCUAAACGAUAAUGCCCCAACUUGGGGAACCUUUACUCCAGCCUAUACUUCACCUGCCUUUUAUCAGUUAGCAGAAAAUACAGCGAUAGGUACUAGCGUAGCAACGCUAGCUGCGAACGACGUAGAUCUACCAACUUCGUCAGACGAUGCAACUAUUCGAUUUGGUAUAAUAUCUAUUCAAAAGAAAAAAGGAGCAGCAACAACGGCGGCCGCUGGAACAUUUACUCUAGAUUCAAUGACAGGACUUUUAAAGACGUCAGCUUUAACGGAUAGGGACGAUGCUGCAAAUGGAGUUGAUGAAUAUCUAUUGAAUGUAAAAGCCGAAAAUACCGAUUCUACACCUCAAUCUGUUACAAUGACAAUAACUGUUUCUAUUACCGACGUCAACGAACACGCACCUUUUUUUAGCGACAACUAUCUAGUAAAGACAAUUGAGGAAGGAAGUGCUUCAGGUACUUCUGUGGCUCAAUUGGCGGCAACCGACGCUGACGGAAAUAGUAUUACAUACGCCUUCCCUGCGUCCGGUCAUGGAAAUUCUGCUGCAAAAUUUUCACUUACUUCCGGAGGCCUUCUUUCCACUACCGCCAGUGUAAUAAAUCUAGAUGCUGGAACUUUGGAUCCAUCUUCGUACGACUUAGUAAUUAUUGCGAAAGACGGACAAGCAACAGAAUUAACAGGAACUGUUACAGUCCAUAUUGACGUCACUUCCAAAAAUGAUUUCGCCCCUACCUUCUCUGCAACUUCGACACAACCUCUUGCUGAGAAUACAGCUAUAGAUUCGGCAGUCAUAACUCUUACUGCUAGCGAUGACGACUCUGGAGCAGACGGAACCUUAACCUAUGUCAUUACAUCCGGAAAUACUAACUCGGAAUUCGUUAUCAAUCCUUCAACGGGAGAGAUCAGAACCGCAAAAACUCUAAACAGAGAAUCAACUGCUUCUUAUAAUCUUGUUAUUGAAGCAAGAGAUGAUGGAACAAAUCCUAAUUCGAAAACUGGUACUGUUACCCAAAGUAUUUCCCUCUUGGACUCCUCUGACGAAAAUAUUAUAUGCACUGACUACUCGCACAGCAUAAGUUUGGCUGAAAGCCACGCCGUUAAUUCUGCGGUGGGUGUUACAAUAUCUUGUUCCGAUGCCGACAGUUCAGAGACACCUACAUAUACUAUCAUAAGCGGAAACACCAAUACGGAUUUUGCUAUUAAUCCUUCCAGCGGUAUUAUUACUUUGGCAAAAGCGUUGGACUAUGAUUCUGCUAACCAGUUCUAUAGCUUGACUGUACGAGUAACAUCGGGUAGUUCAACAUUGGAUAUUCCAGUAACCAUCCAAGUAACAGGUGUUAAUGAACACACACCAGUUUUCUCGUAUACAACUGCUCAAGCAACCUUUCUUGUUUCCGAAAACUCGGCUAUUGGCCAUAGUAUAACUUCCUUUACUGCAACCGAUGCAGAUUACGCUCCCCACUCAGUGACAACCUACUCAAUUGAAGCAGUGGAUAUAUCUGGUGGAAUCGAUAAAUUUCAAAUAAAUCAACAUUCGGCCGCCCUAAUUCUUGCUCAAACUUUGGAUUACGAAUCGGAUAAAAUCUAUAAACUUACCAUAAAAGCAACUGAUGGAGCAGGACUGUUUGCUAGCUCAACUGCAACAGUAUCCGUAACGGAUGUGAACGACAACACACCUAGUUGUACUCUUAAUAAAUUCUAUGCAACUGCAAAUGAAAACUCAGCGGCUGAUACAAAUGUAAUUGAUUUAUCAACAACUUGCACCGACGGUGAUCACACAUCUAGUGGAGCUAAUGUGGCAUUGAAUUUUGCAAUAACGGGUGGAGAUGAUUCAGGUUCAAAUAAAUUUAAAAUCGGCUCGGCUAGCGGACUUAUACAAACAACUGCAAACCAAUUGGACUUUGAGACGACUAAAAUCUACGCAUUGGUUAUUCGUUUAGUUGAUGGAACUCCAGGUGCGGCAGGAACUAACACUGCAACAACCACUGUUCAAGUUACCGUUUUACCCGUUAACGAACAUACGCCAACCUUUUCGCCCACCCCUGGUGACAUUAACAAAGGAGAAGAUAGCGCACCUGGUACUGAACUCUUAACACUCGGCGGAUCCGACAGUGAUGAUUCUUCAACCAGCCAUGGACAGUUUACAUUUGCUCUUGUCUCUGCCAAAGAUAUGUCUAAUACUGACGUGGCCACAAAAUUUCGCGUUGAUGCAUCCAAUGGAAAAGUAUAUACAGCAGAUUUCAUUGAUAGAGAAACUACAGAUUAUUAUUCGUUGGUCGUUAAAGUCACCGACGGAGGUUCAUUGUCGACAACCGCUAGUUUUACUGUAAACGUCGACGAUGUGAACGAAUUUGAACCAGCAUUUUCGAAAUCUGUUUAUACUGCGAAUUUAGCGGAGACUGCUAUUGCUGCUGACGCAGUAAUUACAACAGUUACGGUUGCUGAUAGCGAUAAGACAAAUUCAUAUACAUUUUCUAUAUCUGGAGGAGAUACUACAAAAUUUAAACAAACAAGCAGCGGUGAUGUGGCAACUAUAAAAGUCAAUACCGUUUUCGAUCCCGAUGCUUUGAAAGUUGAAUCCUACUCACUUGAAAUUAAAGCAACUGAUCAGGCAUCGUCUGCUAAAACUGCAACAACUACAGUCAUUAUAACAAUUGUUGGAAAUAAUGAUAACACUCCAAACUUUGCAACUGAUCCUUACACUCAUAAUCUGCCAGAGAGUCAGACAGCAGGUGCAACUCUUUUCACUGUGGCUGCUACUGAUGGAGACUUCGGAAGAGAUGCCGCAUUAACUUACUCGGAGAGAACUGGUAGUGGAGAUUCAAGUGAUUACUUUGGAGUUGGUGCGUCGGGAGAAGUCUAUCUUAAAAAGAUGGUCGAUUAUGACACAAUGGGUGCAACUAAAGUGAUAUCAUUCAUUGUGGAUGCAGUAGAUAAUGGGGUAUCGAAGAAUACUGGCAGUACAACAGUUUCAGUAACAGUUACUCCCGUAAGCGAUGUAAUUCCCUCCUGCACCCCUCCUGCUCUCAGCGCCACAGUCAAUGAGAAUGCUGCGUCUGGAUUUACUGCUGCCACUCUUAACUGCAAUGAUGAUGACGCUUUAUCUUAUUCAAUUCAAGCAGCUACAAAUAUUGAUACUGCAUUUGAUAUUUCCUCAACGGGCGUUAUUACAAUAGCUGACAAGUCUGGUUCUACUGCACUAGACUGGGAUAACGCGGCAAAACCCAAAAUUUACAAUUUAGUUGUUGACGUUACAGACGGUACAAAUACAAUUAAUAUCCCUGUUGCCAUUGCCCUUCAGCCUAUAAACGAAGAUACAACACCAUCAUUUCCGUCGAAUCCCACUGUAAAUGUACUUGAAGACAGAGCUGUUGGAUUUUCAGUAACAACUUAUGCAGCUAGUGAUGAUGAUGCAGAUCCACAUCAUGUUGUCAAAUAUGAAAUAAGCGCUGUUGAUCCAAGCACUGGUGCUUCUCUUUUCCAAAUAAAUCAAGCAACUGGAGAAAUAGCAGUAGCUUCCAGCUUGGAUUAUGAAGCGGCGACUAAGGUUUUCAAGUUAACUGUUGUUGCAACAGAUGGAGGAGGUGCUCAAGGAUCGGGAACAGUAACAGUAUCAAUUGAUGAUGUAAACGAUAAUGCUCCUAGCUGUACUACAGAACUUUAUGCAGCUACAAUUGACGAAAACUCUGCCGCUAACACUGACGUCACGGUUAUCACUGGUUGUACUGAUGCCGACACAGUAGGAAAUACGGGCGCUUUCGCCUAUACGAUAAACAGCGGCGACGAUAGUACUGCCAAAUUCGCAAUUGACACUUCCUCUGGUGUAAGAUUGAGGACAACAAGUACAGCCCUGGAUUACGAAACAAAGUCUCAUUACGAGUUAAUUCUUUUCUUGACUGAUAAUAGUGGUGCCACUCCUCGGUUGACCUCAUCCAUAAAAGUUAUAGUAGAUGUCCAGCCGGUAAACGAUAAUUCUCCAACUUGGGGUUCUUUAAGUAGCCCGUACGAUGUUUCUGAAGCAGCUAAUAUUGGUCAAUUGGUUCUCACGCUGGCGGCAUCUGAUAGUGAUCGAAGCGGGGAAAUAGAUUCUGAAAUAGUAUUCACAAUAGAGUCAACUACUGCAACCUUAGUUGGCGGAUCAACAUCGUCUUUGGCACACUUCAGCUGCGAUCCCAAAACUGGUAUUAUUAGGACUAGCAGUCAACUUCAACGAGACGGAACUGGUGUAGGGGUUGAAUAUUAUACGCUAUCUGUAAAAGCAAGUGAUCGGGGAACUAAACCAGCCGCUUCUGCAACAACUACCAGUAUUAGGAUAAACGUUCAAGAUGUUAACGAUGAAGUACCAUCCUUAGAUUCUAAUGUCUAUAAUGUUGCAAUUCCGGAAAAUUCCGCACCUUCAACAAGUGUUUUAGAUGUUGUCGUCACGGACAAUGAUGCAACGACGGCAAUUUAUUCAUACUCUUUAACUGGAUCAAGUGGUGCUGCAUUGUCAAAAUUCUCUAUUACAAGUUCGGGUAGAAUUCAAACACUGGCAGCAUUCAAUUUAGAUGGUGGUGGAACUCCAACAACUAAAUAUACAUUACUUUGUACUGUUGGUGAUGGAGUACAGACGUCUCAGUCUGUUGCUUAUAUAACAAUUACACCAACAAAUGAUGCUGGCCCAUCAUUUACAACUCCAAGUCCAGCCGAUAUUUCUAUUCCGGAAACUACAUCAGUAGGCGAUCUAAUUGGAGCAGUUGCCGCCAGUGAUGCCGACUAUGGCGAUGUCUUAACUUUUACCAAAGUAGCAGGAUCGGAUACUGGAGAAUACUUUCAUAUCGACAGUACAAAUGGAAAUAUUUAUUUGAGAAAAGCGUUAGACUAUGACACUCUUACGCCCAACAAGUACUUUUCAUUGAACUAUAAAGUAACAGAUUCAGGAUCUCUGUCUGCGACAGUAUCACUAACGGUUAGUGUUACUGAUGUUUCUGAUAAGGCGCCAACUUGUACAUCAUACACUCACACUCUUGUAUUGGCCGAAAAUACGGCUGCCAAUACUCAAGUAGUACUAAUUGAUUGUACCGAACCGGAAGGAGAAAGCAUGACGUAUGCUAUUCAAAGUGGUGGUGGAUCUGCUUUUGAAAUCUCCGCUGCAGGUAGCCUCAAGGUUAAAGACCAAGGAUCUGGAGCCACACUUUUGGAUUACGAUUCAGCUACCAAAUUCUAUUCCCUAGUUGUGAGAGUGACUGGGGGUAGUGAUUACGUUGAUAUACCAGUAACCAUUUUAUUAACUGGAAUAAAUGACAACACCCCUACCGCAUCAAAUCCAGCAGCUGAGAAUGUGGCUGAAACAAGUAUAGCUGGUUAUUCUAUACUUACAUAUGCGGCCUCAGAUGCUGAUCAUGGAGCAGAUGGAUCACUAUCCUAUCAAAUCAUAUCAGUUACAAAUAGUGGCGCUGAUUACUUUACAAUUUCGUCUUCAACCGGAGAAAUUUUUCUUGCCAAAUCACUUGACUACGAGACACAAACAACAUACGCAGUUACAGUACGCGCCUCAGAUGCAGGAUCGCCAGUGAAAACAGUUGACUAUGUUGCUACCUUUAAUGUUGUCGAUUCUAAUGACAACAAGCCAACAUGUACACAAUCAGUUUAUGUUGCAAAUGUGGAUGAAAAUUCUCCUGAUAAUACUCCUGUACAAGAAAUAUUGUGCUCCGAUGCCGAUUCAGGUGCCUUCGGAACUAUUCAUUCAUAUACGAUUUCCAAUGACGACCCAACAGCUAAAUUCAAGAUAGUAUCAAAAGCUACUGGAGCUGAUUUGAAAACUUCAGCUACAGCACUUGAUUAUGAAACAAAAUCUAGAUACGAACUUACAAUAACAAUUAAUGACAAUGGCGGAAAUGCUCCUGUUCAAGUGGCUACCGUUAAAAUAAUUGUACUUGUAAAUCCAGUAAAUGAACAUACACCGGUUUGGGGAUCAUUUACUUCAACUCAUUCUAUUCUAGAAAACGUUGGAUCUGGUCACUCAAUUUUUACUGCUACAGCAACUGAUCAGGAUAGCUCGGCUAGCGGUGACGGUCAAAUAAUUUAUUCACUAGUGUCAGCUUUAGACUCUUCCUCCAACUCGGCAAUAAGUCUAUUCAGAAUUGACCCUGUCUCCGGAGAUGUUGAAACGACAGGAAUUUUCGAAGCAGAUGAUGCAACGCCAAUUACAUCAUUUACUUUAGUAAUUAGAGCGAGCGACCAGGGAGCCACUCCUAAGAAUCCAACGGACAAAACUAUUACAAUAAACCUUCAAGAUUACAACGAUAAUGAUCCCAAAUUUUCAAGUACUGUUUAUCAUGUGCCAGUGGCGGAAACGUCAACCCCUGGCGCCACCCUACAUACAUUCACCGGAACGUCUGAUGGCGAUAAAUCUACUCCAACUUUUACUUAUACAAUUGUCAGUGGGGACACUACAAAAUUCGGGCUGAAAACAGGAGAUACGAAAGUCUUACUCCUUCAAACUGCAAUAGAACCAGAUCUUACAACAAACGAUGCUGCUUCUUAUCAAUUAGUUGUUAGAGUGACUGAUGGAACAUCACCUAUCAGAUCCGGAACUGCAACUGUCUACAUUGCAAUAACUUCAGUUAACGACUUUACUCCGUCGUUCAACGAUGGAACAACAAUAUCAUUACCGAUUCCCGAAAGUCAAGGUGUAGGUGUUGUAUUCAAAACUUUAUCAGUGACUGACAACGAUUUCGAUGAUGCUGGCGUCAUUGUUUGGGAAAAGUCUACUGCUUCAGAUCCUAAUAAUUUCUUUACAAUUGAUUCCUCCACCGGAGCUCUUCAAUUGGCUAAACCGGUCGAUUACGAAACAGUUGCAGAGAGGUCAUUUUCUCUUCAAAUCACUGCAAAGGAUAAAGGUUCUCCGGUAAAGAGUCAAGUUGCAACUGUAACAAUAACUGUAACUAAUGUUAACGACAAUGUACCAACUUGCAAUGCAAAUUCGUGGCAAAUAACAAAAGAAAUAUCCGAAACUACUGCUGCUGGAACUACUGUAGCUGAUCUAGACUGCUCUGAUCCAGAUGGUGUUGCUGUAUCUUAUGCAAUACAAUCCCCAUCAAACACUGGAACAGCUUUUCAAAUAGAUAGCAACACUGGUGUGAUUACAGUGGUAAACAAGGGUACGGUACCAGCUCCUUCUACAGGCUUAGAUUACGAUUCUGCCACAAAAACCUACAAUCUAAUAGUCGACGUUACCGCAACUGGAGAUACAAUCAGCGUUGGGGUUUCUAUUGCACUUACGGCUGAAAAUGACAAUAAUCCAACCUUUGCUUCAAAUCCUAGUUAUUCAUUCACCGAGUCCAUUGCAAUAGGACAAAUCAUAGCUACUUAUAUAGCUACAGAUGAUGAUCAUGGUCCACAAGGAGACCUUGAAUAUUCAAUCCUCUCAGUAACUAAUAAUGGAAUUUCUAAAUUUACAAUUGAUCAAUCAUCGGGAAAAAUCACAUUGGCUGGUCUAUUAGAUUAUGAUACUUUACCAACAGGUAAUAAAAAGCAUGAAAUUUCCGUAAGGGCAACUGAUGGAGGAUCGUCACCGGCCAUCGGUACUGUUACCGUAGUUGUUACUGAUGCUAACGAUAAUAGUCCCAUUUGUACCUCCUAUGCCUAUAAUCUUCAGCAAGCUGAAGCGACAGCUUCAGGAUCUCUACCUUUCACGGUAAUAAGCGACCUGGGAUGCAGCGACGCCGACGAUGGAACUAAUGCCGCGCUAGCAUUUACAAUAACUGGUGAUAGUAAUUUUGCUGUCGUCCCUGGAACACAUGGGAGAGGUGAAUUGAGAUUAACAACAGCUCUAAACUUUGAAGCAACAACAUCCCAUACCAUGUCUAUACAAAUUGCUGACACUCCUGGUAAAUCUGUUGUAAUUGCUGUAACAGUACAAGUUACGGCAGUUAACGAAGGUCCGCCAGUUUGGACAAGUGCACCAUACACAAGCCCAGUUUCCGAAUCAGCAGUGGUAGGAUCAGCUGUCUAUCAAACUUCCAGUUCUGACCCUGAUGGCAAUACUCAUCCUCAUGGAAAGAGAGUUUAUUCUAUUCAAUCGGGAAAUACGGGAGGAGCUUUUAGUAUAGACCCAGACUCAGGUUUAAUUUCUGUUGCCACAACUUUGAACAGGGAAACAGUGGCGUCUUAUUCUUUGGGCAUUAGAAUUACUGAACAAGCUGGAACAAACUCAGCAGAUACAACUAUUGCUAUUACCGUGACUGAUGUUAAUGAUAGUACACCAUCUUGUACAGUAGUGUCUUUCAAUGAGCAAGUUCUAGAAUCUGUUACCGCGUCUCCAGCAUCCCCUCAUGAUGUUAUUGAUCUAUCUUGUUCUGAUGCUGAUCCAAGUACGACCCUAACAUACACUCUUACAAUUGGAGAUGCUACAAAAUUUAAAGUAUCCACAACAGGAGUUGUUCAAACUGUGGCCCAACUAGAUUUCGAAGUCCCUGUUGCUGAUAGGUCUUUCAGCUUAAGAAUAACAAUCUCGGAUGGAACAUUAUCUCGAACAGUUGAUGGCAUUAUAACUGUUGGACCAGUAAAUGAAGCAACUCCAAUUUUCACUAGCUCAGGAAAUUAUCCUAUGGAUUUACUGGAAUCGACUGGUGUUGGUACCGUAGUAGUAAGCGUUACCGCUAAUGAUGCUGAUAGUGGAGAUACUUCUCAUGGUCAAGUGGAAUAUGCUUUUCACUCAGGCUCCUACGCACCAUUCGCUAUAUCUUCUUCAAAUGGAGAUAUAAGUCUCAUACAGGCUGUUGAUAGAGAUACAGCCCCAACUUCAUACACUUUCAAGGUAAAAGCUACUGAUGGAGGUUCUUUAUCUGGAACAGCACAAGUUGUUAUAACAUUGACAGAUGCAAAUGAUAAUGCACCGGUCUUCAAUCCAUCUUCAUAUUCAGCGACAGUACUUGAAGAGUCUACAUCAGGGACACAAGUUGUAAGAGUAACAGCAACUGACGCUGAUGAUCCAGGAACCAAUAAUUAUGGAACAGUUGGAUUUAGCAUUUCAAGUGGCAAUACCGGAACUGCCUUUGCCAUAGAUGCGACAACUGGUUGGAUUACCGUCACAAAUGCUGGGGUGGAUUAUGACAGCGCAGUUAAAUCUUAUGCCCUUGAAAUAACUGCUACAGAUAGCGCAGGAGCUGCUGGUGCUAAAUCUUCAUCUUGUACGGUAAUAAUUUCAGUAACAGCAGAUAAUGAUAAUCCUCCUAGUUUUACUUCAACUCCAUAUACCAAAAACAUCUUAGAGAAUCAAGCUGCUGGUUCUAGUAUAUUUCAGCUGACUGGCCAAGAUAAUGAUCAUGGAGCCGACGGGAGCUUUUAUUUUAGCAUGGCCAAUCAUGUAAAAUUUGCGCUUGACUCUGAGAGUGGCAUUAUAUCGUUAAAAGCGGCAGUUGAUUAUGAAACUCCAAGUGAAAGAACAUAUACUUUAACUGUAAAAGUCAUAGAUAGGGGCGCAACUCCAAGAGAAGCUUCGACGACCGUUACAAUCAAUGUAGGAAAUGUUAAUGACAACACGCCUAGUUGCACUCCUCGCUUAUACGCCGUUAAUAUUCGAGAAGAUGCUACUACCACGCCUGCUACUCAAAUAGUUACCCCAGCAUGCAGUGAUGCAGAUAGUGGAACUACACUUUUAUAUUCAAUAACUUUUGUGGAUGGAGUGGCAGGCACUGGAAAAUUUGCCAUUAACGGUGGAACAGGAGCUAUUACCCUUGCUACAGCACUCGAUUAUGAAACAUCAAAACAACAUUCAAUUAUUGUAAAAGUUUCCGAUCAAGGAGCAGCGCCAACUCUUACUACUACAGUUCUUGUCGUAGUUAAUGUUUUGGACGUUAACGAAGCGGCUCCGGUGUUCGGUGGAAUGCCUACCACUCACGAUCUCUAUGAAAAUACACCUGUAGGAAAUGAUAUAUUAACAAUUACUGCUACAGAUGCUGAUACAGCUGAUACAAUAACUUAUGCGAUAAAUCCUGCUGAUACUACUUUUGAAAUGGAUCCGAAAACUGGCCUUAUAAAACUAAAAGACGUUGUCGACAGGGAGACGAGAGACUCUUAUACUUUGACCAUAGUUGCUACAGAUUCCGGUACGAGAGAUGCUGUAAAGACAACAUCUCAUAGUCUAGCAAUAACUAUACUUGAUCGAAAUGAAAAACCAGUCUUUUCGCCAGCUGCUUAUGUAACAUCAACCUCGGAAAAUACAGCAGUUGGUAGUACUGUUUUAACAGUUACUGCAACAGAUACUGAUUUGUUGACAUUUGGAGAAAUUACCUACUCUAUAGUAAGUGGUAACACAAACAAUAAAUGGGAAAUUAUAAAAGAUACUUCAAAUGGUCUUGGCCGCAUUAAAAUUGCUCAGAGUUUGGAUUACGAAUCAGAGAAAUCAUUCACUUUAACAGUUCGAGCGCAGGAUGGCGGACCACUGUCCAGUGAGGUUGCUGUGGUUAUCGGUAUCGAAGGCUACAAUGAAAUUACACCAAACAUAGCCAAUAACGUUUUAUCUAUUCAAAAAUCUGAAGCUACACCAAUUAACACCGUCAUACAUACGAUAACUGCUGUAGACACGGACGAUGGUCCAGACGGAAUGAACGGAAUGUCUUAUUCAAUUACGUCUGGUGAUACGGAGUAUAUGGGUAUUGACCCCCUAACUGGUGAAAUAAGACUCCUCAAAGAACUCGAUAGGGAAGCCGCAGCGACUCAUUCGGUGGUAAUUCGAGCUACAGACUCUGGAACAAAUCCAGGACCAAAAUUUGGAACUGCCACUCUUACCCUAACAGUUACGGAUGAUAACGAUCAACCUCCAGUUUGUACGCCUGCAGUAAUUGCUGUUGAAAUUUCUGAAAGCAUAAGUCCCGGGGAUACUGUAACAAAUUUGCAGUGUCAAGAUGCAGACGCCAGUCUUAAUAAUAACAAUCAAUUAUCUUAUGCUUUAACGAGUGGCGAUAUAGCAAAAUUUUCUGUUUCUUCAACUGGACAAGUAACUGUGAAAACGGGCAAUUCGUUCGACUACGAAGAUACUAAAAAAGUUUACAAUUUUGAAAUAACUGUAACAGAUGGGGGAGGUACAUCUUUAUCAUCAGUAGUUAUGGUUACGGUUAACAUUCUUGGAGUGAACGAGGCAGCACCUGCCUUUACAUCAGCACCUUAUUCGCAAAACGUGAUAGAAAGUACCGCUAUUGGUCAAGUUAUUCCUGCAGCAAUUUCUGCUACAGAUUCUGAUGAUGGUAUAGAUGGGGAAUUUGCUUACUCAAUUGCCUCUGGUGCUAACGGAAAGUUUGACAUUGACCCAAAGACAGGCGAAGUUAGAGUUAUAAAUGAACUAGACAGAGAAACCACGGCACAAUAUAUAUUGACAUUGCACGCAAUAGAUAAAGCGCCCAGUCCAAAUGCGAGAACUGGUUCAGCUACACUAACAAUUGAUAUAACCGAUGAAAACGACAAUUAUCCAGUUUGUUCUAAAAAUGUUUUUUAUCAAACAAUUGCAGAGAAUGCCGAUAAUGGAGAUCAAGUGAUUGAUCUUGGAGCGCAGUGCAGCGACAAUGAUGACGGUAUUAACAAAGAUUUAGAAUUUACAGUAAAUUCAGGAAAUACCGACGGUCUUUUUGGUGCUACAACGGCUGGUGUAAUUACAAUUGCAGAUAAAACUAAAUUGGAUUAUGAAACAAAGACCACCUAUACUCUUACACUAACCCUGGCUGACAAAGGAACAACACCUAAAACUUUGGCUCUUAUCGUUCAUGUUGCAAUAAGUAAUAUCAACGAGGAAACCCCCACAUUUUUACCUUCUCCGUAUUCUGGAAGCGUCGUAGAGAAUGAUGCCUCUGGAACGUCUGUAAAAGAUGUGGUUGCGACGGAUGAUGAUAGUGAUCUAUUCGGAUCACUUACAUACAGUAUAACCGCGGGAAAUACGAAUAAUGUGUUUGCUAUUCAUCCAACCAAUGGUAGAGUCUCAUUAGCAGGGACACUCGAUAGAGAAGUAACAGCCCAGUACGUUUUAACAAUAAAGGCUGUAGAUGGAGCUACAGGAGCUGACCAGAAAACUGGAACAGCUACUCUGAGUGUCAGCGUAACUGAUUUUAAUGACAAAUCUCCAUCAUGUCCAUCUGCACCGUAUACAAAAUCUCUUCCAGAAAAUUCUGCACUAACUCCUGUCAUCACAGUUUCUUGUACCGAUAGCGAUGCGGAUAGCCCCAAUAAUUUGGUAACUUACGCUAUUACAAAUGGAAAUGCUAAUUCCAUAUUUACAAUUGAUGCGUCGACUGGAGCUAUCACAACCACUUCGGUUGCUUUGGACUACGAAACUACUAAAUUUCAUCAAUUAACAAUAACCGCAAGUGAUAAUCCAACAAACGCAGCUGAUAAGCGAAGCGCCACCGCCGUUGUUUAUGUCGAAGUGGAGCCUGUAAAUGAAAAUGAUCCCCUUAUAACUGCACCAACUAGUAGCGACGUGAAAAAUGUUAAUGAAAAUAUGGCUGUUGGAGGUGCUGAAAUUUUAACAGUUCAGGCAAGUGACGCGGACGAGGGCGUUCAUAAACAACUGAGAUAUUUUAUCACGGGUGGAAACAGCGAAAACAAAUUCAGCAUAGAUGAAACCAAUGGUAAAUUGUUUCUGGCUCAACCGCUGAAUAGAGAAGCCACAGCUAAUUACGCUCUGAUCAUAAUAGUAAAGGAUUCCUUAGAUUCUCUUGGAGACGUAAAAACUGCAACAACAACUGCCUCUAUAGUUGUUGACGAUUAUAAUGAUAAUUACCCUGUAUUUACACCUGCAUCUUAUACUGUCUCAGUUGUUGAGACUACUGCUCUGAAUACCGAAAUUCUAACAGUAACCACCACAGAUGAUGAUUUAGCUCCCAAUAAUGGACACACUUUUACAUUCUUAUCGGGUAAUGACGAUUCAACAUUCGAUUUUGUCCAUGCAACGAAAAAAUUACGACUACUGAAACAACUCGACCACGAAACGAAGUCUGUUUACGUAUUGAAAGUUGAAGUUGCAGAUGGUGGAACGCCUGAAUUAAAAGCUCAAUGCUGGAUUACUGUAAAUGUUCUAUCAGUUAACGAAUUUUAUCCAGUUCUAUCAGAAGAGACAAACGCUCUAACCUUACAAGAGGAUACUCCUGUAGGUACUGUAAUCUAUGAUACUAAUGCCACUGAUUCAGAUACUGGAGCCUAUGGUAUCAUGCGUUACGGUAUUGUAUCUGGAAAUCCUAGCGACUCAACUUUUGUCAUGGAUCCCGUCACAGGAAAAUUGAGCGUCUCCCAAAUUUUGGACUAUGAUACAUCACCGAAUUCUUAUACAUUGAAUGUUUCAGUUUACGAUAAUCAAGGAAUUAUAGUUAGCGGAACGCGUUACGAUUUUCUGACUCUUACUAUAAAUCUCGUUGAUGUUAACGACAACUAUCCAGUUUUCACACAAAAUCAAUAUUCCGUUGCAAUUAACGAGAAUUUAAAUGGAGGCGUCUCUGUAUUUAAAGUCCAAGCUAAUGAUGCUGAUUCUGGUGUUUUUGGAACGGUUGCGUACGCAAUUCAAGGCGGUGAUGGCGCAAGCCAAUUUACAAUCAACGCAAACAACGGCGAUAUCAGCACAAUUGCCAGUCCAACUUUAGACUUUGAAGCGAAAUCUGUACACAACUUGCUUAUUCGAGCAGAAGAUGGAGCAAACCCGAAAAAAUCUUCAUACUGUUCAGUGAGAAUAACUCUUAACGAUGUCAAUGAUAACGAUCCAAUAUUUUCACCUACCGACUUCUCUGUGGAAGUAGUUGAAAAUCUUAACGUUGGUACUUCUGUAACAAAAUUAAGUUGCAGCGAUAGCGAUUCCUCGGAUAAUGCAAGAUUAACAUUUUCUAUCGUUGCAUCGACAAAUGUUGAAAAUCAUUUUAGAUUGACAACAGUCGCGACAAAUGAAGUACUCAUUGAUACGCUUUAUCCUCUGGACAGAGAAACGAAAAGUCAGUAUGUUCUGAAUGUAAUUGCAGUCGACGCGGGAACAACUCCCAGAACAGGAACAGCAACAGUGACUGUAAAUGUGGGUGAUGUGAAUGAUAACGAUCCCUAUUUCCUUAAUUUACCAUAUACGAAAAACUUGUACGAAAACACAACUGUUGGAUCAACCGUUUUCGACGUUGACGCAAACGAUAAAGAUAGCUAUAAUAACGGAAAAUUACAAUACGAAAUUGUUAGUGGUAAUACGAACUUUGAUUUUACUUUGGAUCCAAAUACUGGACUCUUUAGACUGGCGAAAGUACUUAAUAGAGAGGAGAUUGCAUCGUACGCUGUCGUUGUUCGAGCGUCUGAUUUUGGCUCAACAAGAAGAUCCGCAACGACAACCCUUAAUAUUGUCGUUUCCGACAACAACGACGUUGUACCAUCGUUCAGUCAAGGCUAUCAAUUCAGCGUUCUGGAAAAUUCCGCAGGUGGUACUGUUAUUGGGCGAAUUCAGGCAACAGAUGCAGACUUAGGAUCGAAUGGAGUGGUUCAAUAUUCUAUUCAGCUAACUUCUAAAGGUCCAGCAGGACAUUUCACAUUGGAUUCAGUAACGGGAUAUCUGUCUACUUCACCUCAGGCAGUACUAGAUAGGGAGAUAAAUGAUAUGUACACGCUACUUGUAAGAGCAACCGACCAAGGUUCAUUAUACUCUGAAACCAAUGUUCAAAUAACAAUAACCGACGCAAAUGAUAAUAAACCCGCAUUCGUUACAAGCAAUUACGUUGGCUAUAUUAAAGAAAAUGAAAUUACGUCCAAAUCGAUUUUACAAGUCAGCGCCGUCGAUAAAGAUACAGGAAAUAACGGAGAGAUAGCCUACUCCAUUCAGGAUAGUAGCUUAACUAAUAAAUUUUCAAUAGACUCCACAACUGGAUCACUAACAAAUAAGAUUGCUUUGGAUCGUGAAGAGCAGAGCAAGUAUACAAUUAAUAUUUUGGCUGUGGACAGAGGAAGUCCGGCCCUAACAACAGCAACCCCGGUAACUGUUUAUAUAACCGAUGAAAAUGAUAACGCUCCCAGCUUCAACGGGAAAACCUUCCUUAGUGUAGAAGCUGCCUAUAACGAGAAGGCCGAUAAAAAGCUGUUUGCCUUCCAAGCAACUGAUCCGGACGAUGGUCUAAAUGGACAAGUCACUUACGGAAUAACGGAUGAAUCAGGCCUUUUUAAGGUGGAUCCAACUCAAGGAAUUGUGACUUUCCAAUCGGGGAAAACUGCAGCUGUGGGUAAAAAAUAUUUAAUUUCGGUAACCGCAUCAGAUGGGGCAACCCCUUCGAAAGCUGUCAAGGCUCUUGUUAGAGUUGAUACUUAUAGCAAGACUGCCGUCUGCGUCUCGUUCGUUCUCCAAAUGGCUUCUGAUUCGUUUAAUCAGAAAGUUGACUCGUUUCUGGCAAGUUUAAAGAAAAGUCUUGCCCCUAAAUAUCCCAACGCCUCUAUUCAUCAGUGUGGCGAAGCAGUUUCCGGUUCAGUUACAGCGAGAAGAAGAUUACUACAAUCUUCCUCAACAACUGCAUACGUUUACGCUCUAAGUGAUUCUAAUAGUGAUCUGCAAUCUAACGUUGACAAUCCCAAGAGUUUCAUUGAUAAAGAUGUUCUGUUAACUGCCUGGCGGGGAAACACGAACACUGGAGAUCCUAGUUCGUCGAUAACUGGAUCUGAGUUUUCCGAUUACAAUAUAAAACAGGUUCAACCUUACCCAACGACAUCGUCGUCAGAGACACCUUGGAUAGAGACGCAGACGGGAUUAAUUGUGGUUAUUUGCUCGUCCGUCGCCGCCUUUAUUAUACUCAUUAUUAUAAUAAUUAUCGUAUCUUAUUGCCUCUAUAAGAAUCAUAAGAAACCGCCAAGAGUAAUUACACCUAUACCGAGAAAGAAGAGUGUUCAGGGUCCUGCAAAUAUUUUACCCAGAGAUAAUCUAACAACUGUCGAUGUGGCUCCGACUCUUCUAAUCCGAGAACCAAAUAAGCAAAAGAAAAAUAUUCCCCCGAAAUCGACUAGCUUUAGAAAUAACAAUACUAGAACCCCUGACGUUACUGAAUCCAUGGCGUCGACGGCCGAAAUUACGCCCACUUUCAACAACGGUAAAGGUUUCGACGGAACGGCUUUUGACCCAGACACGGGUAAGAUGUACGAAUACAAUACGAAAACUAACGAGAGAAGAUGGGUCUCGUCCUCUGAGGCAAGCCGAAGUACUCAUGCUUGAAUAAAAAUAAAUAGAAGAGGAUCUCUUCCACAUACUAUUAACUUUACGUUACUGACUCUUUUUUUCUUUCUCUCCAAUAAAAUUACUUUUUCUCUCU